ACAUAAGUGUGUGGUUUUCAAUGGGGUUUAAUUAUCUUUGUCAUACAGUUGGCUGGGGAACAGAUCAAGGGAUUGGCGGAUUUGGAGAAGAACCAGGAGUUAAAGCACAGCUAAUGAAUCUUAUUCGAUCUGUACGAACAGUCAUGAGAGUGCCCUUAAUAGCAGUGAACUCCAUUACAAUUGUGUUACUCUUGCUAUUUGGUUGAAGACCGUCUGUUGAAAAUGAGUUUUUGAACAUCUGGAAUGAAGAGACUGCCAGCCACCAUCAUCAUGAGUUUAUUGGAUCCAACAUGGAUUAGCUGUCAAACUUGGCAUUCGAUUUAAAAUAAUAAAGACACAAUUUCUAUUUAUCUUAUUUCUUAAUGUUCACUUGCAGUUUCAUUACACAAGAUAAUGUGAUCAGUGCAACAAUUCUGUAAAUAUAUUGGACUGAAACAAGUUUUAUUGCUGAUGGUUAAUAGCGCCAACUGUUAGUAUGUUGUAACAUGUAAUGAUUACAAAACUGCACCCUUUUAACAAAUGUCUUAUCACUCAGGGAUGAAUUUCCUGCCAGUACACUUAAGUUUAUUUUUAUUUAAAAAAUAAGUUGUAGAGUUUUCAGUUUCGUAGUUAACUCAGUAUUAUUAAAUAGACAGUUUGGCUAUUAAGAUGUGUUACAAUGUCAGGAACAGAUUUUUUUGUGUGAGUGCGCAUGAAUGGAGAUAGGUGAAAUCUGUUGAAGGCAGGAAGAGUUUGUCAUCACUAGGAUUUCAUCCAUGGUACAUAAUUUCAUCAGAUCAAUGACUGUUGAAGCUAAUGGCAAACAGUGUUUUGACAGUAUGUGCAAUAACUAUGCAAAAUCUAAACUGUAUGUACCUAAGGCAAGGAAACCCAGUACCUGAGUGUUAAAAUUUAGAUUAGGAAGUGAAGUGCUCACUAGUAUUUUUGUUUUGUCAAAGAGUUCUCAAAGUAUUUGCUAAGCAUAUAUGUAGUAAGUAGUAUGCCUGCUGUGGUGAUCUGUAGCAGUGUUUGUAUUCUAAACUGCUUUGGGUAAUACUGAAGGAAAAUACUGCAUCCUUUUUUUUUUAAAUGCAGUUUAGUUUUUAAAAAGUCACACCACAGAAACAAACUUUGGAGGCAGUUAUAUUAUUGUCUUGUUUUAUUACUUAUUCAAAGUGAAACACUGCAGUGCUUAAUCAAGUAAAAUUCCGAAUUCAGUAAAGAUCUUGCCUUGAAGUAAGAUUAAAAGAUCAGGCCCGUGUUCUGUAGUAAGUUUGAAUUAAAAAAGACUGAUUCUUGUAUACCUUUAGAAAAGCCAAAUGUGUAUUUUGCUUUUCCCGUUUUCUAGAGUGUGAUCCAAACUAUUUUAACUUAAAAAAAAUGGGGAAGAAAAGAAGACUGCAGAAACCUGGUAGUUACAUUAUUGUUUUAGAACAGUUUACUUUUAGUUUUAUCACCUCUUCUUCUGUCAUUGACUCAAGAUAAAAUAUUUUUUAUACAAGGAUAAAUCUGUAAAACAGCAUGUGACUGAGUUUGGUGAUCUUCAGUUGUAGGGUCUUACAGAAGCAGAGUUUAUUUAGGAGAAAAAGAUUUUUGUUAGUGAACAUUUGUAAAUAAAUUUGAAUUUCUAAACUAA